CUCAUCUCCACCGUUUCUCAAGCCGUGACAUAAUCACACAACAGCACGAAACUCGCUUGAUCCCAUCGAUCAGAUCUCCCUUACCAAACCAAACCAACCACCCUCUUGAACCACCAGUCUAGCGGCCGAUCUGGUCUGUAGCCAUGGCGAAGGUGCACCCGAACGUGGCCGCGCCGUCGCCGCCGCUGGCGACGCCGGGGGCGGCGGAGGCAGAGGAGGAGCCGGUGGCGUUCACGGUGUGGCGCAAGUCGCUGCUGUUCAACUGCAGGGGGUUCACGGUGUUCGACGCCAGGGGCGACCUGGUGUACCGCGUCGACAGCUACGCGUCCGACUCCCGCGCCGAGGUCGUGCUCAUGGACGCCGCGGGCCGGGCCCUGCUCACCGUCCGCCGCCGCAAGAAGCCCAUCGGGCUCGGGGGCGGGGACCAGUGGCUCGUCUUCCCCGGCGAGGACACGCGCGCGCCGCCGCUCUACGCCGUCAAGCGGCGCGCCCCGCAGUACAUCCGCGGCGGGGGCGGCGGGGGGAGCAGCAGCAAGUCCAUGGCGCAGGUGGCGGCAUGCCGCGGAGGGGGAGAUGGGGGGAAUAAGUACGAGGUGGAAGGGUCGUACGCGAGGCGGUGCUGCGCGGUGUACGACGAGCGGCGGCGCGCGGUGGCGGAGGUGCGGCCCAAGGAGGCGGUGGUGGGGACGGACGUGUUCCGGAUGGUGGUGCGGCCGGGGAUGGGGAUGGAGGCGUCGCUCGCCAUGGCCGUCGUGCUCGCGCUCGACCAGAUGUUCGCCAGGCCCUCCCUCCUCAGGAGCUGGUCCUCCUAGCGAGUGCCUCUCAAAAAUUGGCUUUCAUUUUUCAUUUUCUUUUCACUUUUUCUGGGGGUUUCCAACAUUAUUGGGGCACAAAAGUUGCUCCUGUAGUUGCCUCUUGAUUUUCUCCUUGAUAAUAUAAAGGCCAAUUGGGGGGUCAUUGUGGAUUGAAAUACCUCUGGACUUGUGUGGUUCUGGAUAUUUUUUUACAGUGAACCACGCACUUUGUAAAGAUUACUGAAGAGGGAUAAAUAGUGUAAAAAAUAUUAAAAGCCAAUUACCGUGUCUA